AUGACCCUGGACUGCGUACUCAUGGAGGAGACGGACGUUGACGUGGAGGGACAGACAGGCGGUAGUGAAGAUGCGAGGAGCACCUAUUUUUCACUCUUAACUAGUACGAACGCAGACUCGGAGCACAGCGCUUCAUCCUUGACUCCUGAAUCGCGGGAGCGGGGAGACUUUGCUGUCCGGCUGCAGGACGGUCCGGGCAAGAGAACCGCCUCGGUGAAGCCCCCGUACUCGUACAUCGCUCUCAUCACCAUGGCCAUCCUCCAGAGCCCCAAGAAGAGACUCACCCUCAGUGAGAUAUGUGAUUUUAUCAGCCAGCGCUUUGUGUAUUAUCGGGAGAGGUUCCCGGCGUGGCAAAACUCAAUCCGCCACAACCUGUCUCUGAAUGACUGCUUUGUCAAAAUGCCCCGGGAGCCUGGGAAUCCCGGGAAGGGAAAUUACUGGACCCUGGAUCCCAUGUCGGCCGACAUGUUUGAAAACGGGAGCUUUCUGCGGCGGAGGAAACGCUUCAAGAGGCAACAUUUCUAUUUGGGAACCCCGAAGGACUCCAGCGCGCAGGAGCGCGGCCUCGUGCCAGUUUUUCCUGUCCUCGGAGCGCACAGGGUGGGUUCCUGUCUCCAGGGUCCCGAUGUGUACCGCGAUCUGGGCAUUGGGAGCCGUGUAAGCUCCCACGCUAGUUCCAACAUCCCACCUGUGAGCAGCAUCAUACCUGCGCUCUCCUCGCUCCUCUCCAAGAAUUUCCCCUCUUGUCUAGCCUUUGAACAUUUCGACCCGGGUCGCUGCGCCCUCGUCCCGCCUUUGGCUCCGAACUCCUCGUUCAUGCCUCCCGCCCCGCUGCACGGAAUGAUCGCCAACUACCCUGUUACUCAGUUGUCCAGCUUUCCCACUGGGAUUCUUAAAAUUUCGUCCGAUUUAAUUUAAUUGAACGGUGCCCCCCUCGCACGCCGCGAACUCGCGGAGAAAUGAGCGGAAACUUCUUUCCCUUCAGCCUCAGAAUAAACUCUCGGUACUUUACAUAAAAAUACUACAGAUUUUAGCGUCGGCCCAAGCUUGCAAACAGGCCAGUACGUUUAGUUCUGUUGUUUGCUCGAGGCAAAUGUGUUUGAAUAACCGGUAUUUUAAAGGCUCCUAAAAUGUUUGGAAUAAAAAGUGAUGGAAUUUGCACCGUGCCUGUGCAAUUUGAAUUUAAUGUC